AUGCCUUCCUCUACUACUUACGCCGAAUUCGGUGCCAAUACUGAAGCUGUCGAAGUAGCAAAGGCUUUUGCUGAUGGUAUCAAGGGCAAGACUAUCCUCGUUACUGGCGUCAACAAAGACGGCCUUGGCUACUCUGCCGCUUACGCCUUUGCUACCCAGCAGCCCGCCAACCUCAUUUUGACUGGACGCAACCCAGAUAAAAUUCAAAUUUGCAUCGAUGCAAUCAAUGCCGAAUUCCCCAACAUCAACUGCCGAGCGUUGAAGGUUGACCUCUCCAGCCAAGCGUCUAUCCGCGAGGCUGCCAAAGAAGUGCUUGCCUGGGAUGAUAUCCCUGCCAUCAACAUUAUUGUUAACAGCGCUGGAGUCAUGGGCCUGACUAACCGCACCAUUAACAAAGACGGCAUUGAGAUGCACUUUGCCACGAACCACAUUGGCCACUGGCUCCUGAGCUGUCUCAUUAUGCCCAAGCUCAUCACGGCGGCCAAGUCAAGCCCCAAGGGUGCCACCCGCAUUGUCAAUGUUUCGUCUGGAUCGCCCAUGGUAUCUUCGAUGCGCUGGAGCGACAUGAACUUUGAAAAGAUUAACACGACGCUUCCCGAGGAUGAGCAGCCCUCCUACGAGUGGCUCAAGAGCUGGGGCUAUGAAAACGCAGCUGAUGUUGCAUACGUCCCUGUCGACGGCUACAACCGAUCCAAGGUGGCCAAUAUUCUCUUUGGUAUUGGCGCCACUAAGCGUCUUUUCGAGUCUCACGGCAUCUUUGUUACUGGUUUACACCCCGGUGUUAUUAAGACGGAGUUGGCACGAAACUUUGUUCCCGAGACGCUCGAAAAGAUUGAGGAGUUGCGUGUCAAGGGCAUCUAUACGCUCAAGACACUUGGUGCUGGCUCAUCUACUGCUCUAGUAGCAGCGCUGGAUCCCAAGUUGGCGGUUGAGGUUGGCGAGACUGUCAAUGGCAUGGAGAACUAUGGCGCGUUUUUGGCUGACUGCCAGAUUUUUAACAAGACCAAGAAGCUCGCUGUGGCAUCUAGCGAGGCAGAGAAGCUCUGGGAGCUUUCUGAGAAACUUGUUGGCCAGAAGUUUGCAUGGUAG